UCACUCGCCGGAGAGCCAUCCCAAGUGAAAGCACUUCAUGUAAAUCCGAACGAGCUGUGGCGUAUUACGUAUUAGGAGCUGGGACCUACACCCAAGUGCCCUGCAAGUGAUUUCCCCAAAAAAUCCAAGCCAUUGGAUCCCCAGUAGGCGGUUCAAUUAGUUGCAAAUCCCAAGGCCCGGAUCCCGAGACACCUGGAAACGAUGCUGUGUCGCUUGGCACGGGGUUUUGGAACGGCACUGGCGAGGAGGAGCUACUGGUCGACUGCCCGGCGAAGGCGACUGCUGGCCACAAGCUCCCCCGCUCUGGCGUGCCAGCAGUUGCCCAGGAGCUAUACGCUAGACAACGGACCCAAGGUGAAGUCCGAUCAUCGCUCUGGAACGAUGGUGGAGGUGGCUCGUGUCAUUCGCGAGCAAUCCGGCGUGGACGUGGGCUACCAUACGAUUCCCAAGCCCCGAGAUCAUCUCCUGCAGCACGAGCCGAAGAGGGAGGAGCUGCCACCAAGAACUAUGCUGGAUUCGCACACCACGGCCAUUCUGCCCCUGAGCUCUAGUGAGCUAAUCCGCGAGAGCUACGUGAAUCACCUGGGAAGGGUGAGAUUGGGCCGCAUUAUGGAGGAGUUGGACAUGUUUGCCGUAUGGAUCUGCCAUCGUCAUGUAAAACUGCCCAAGCUGCCGAAGGGAGUGCCUUUGCCUUACACCUUUGUCACGUUGCUGGUCGACAAAGUGGAGUUCACCAACCUGGAGCGGUUGCAGGUCAACCAGGACAUCGAGAUCAGUGGUCACAUCUCGUGGGCGGGGCGGAGUUCCAUGGAGAUUACCAUCUAUGUGAGGCAGUUAGCCCACGGCGAAUAUAUUGAUGUAACAAAAGCAAUCUUCGUCAUGGUGGCCAGAAAUGCCACCAAUACGGGACCGGCUCCCAUUAAUCCCAUAGAGGUUGGUGAUGAAACCGAGAAGCUCAUUUGGGAGCAGGCGGAGAAGCGGCAAAAGGUGCGCAAGUCUUCUGCCAUGGACUCAGUGUUCAACUCGCCGCCCAGGGAACACGAACAGGCCAUCAUGUACGAGAUCCUCAAGAGAACCACCCCAGCCAACAGUAUGGAUCUCAACAAGCGUGUGCUGCCGCCGAAAUGCCGCUGGAUGGAGGACUCUAUGCAGUCCACAAUGAUUGCUCCGUUCCCGGAGAACAGGAAUGCGCAGAACACCAUCUUCGGAGGCUACCUCAUGCGCCAGGCCGUUGAAAUCAGCUUCAUAAUGGCUAGCAUCUACCUGGGCGAUCGGCCCAUCCUCAGGUGCAUCUCGGACAUUAGUUUCAUGCACCCGGUGCAUGUGGAUCGGUUCCUUCAGCUCACCGCUCACGUGGUAUACGCCGCCCAGAACUACGUUCAGCUGAUGACCGUGGCCCAGAUUUGGGAUGCCAAGAGCGGCAAAGUGCAGACCACCAAUGUCUUCUACUUGACCUAUCGGGCGGACAAGGUGCUGGACGAGGUGCUCCCGCGAUCCUACCGAGAGAUGUUGUGGUACGUCCACGGUAGGCGGAAACUCCUGGCCGCUCUGCACUUGCAGCCGGAGUACCCCGAUCCCACCGGAGUGGCCAAGGAGAGCUCAAAUUGUAUCAGCACUUAGAAUUAGCGCUAAGGUAAAUCGAAGUUGUAGUUGAUCCAAAUAUGCUAAUCUGAUGGAAUUUUAACUUUAUAGCUGUUAUUUUAUAAUUAGUAGGAUAUACCAAUGAAAUAAAAUUGUAGAAAGGAA